CACCGCUGCAAGCGCCCUUCAGUGACUGCACAAUAGUCGGCAGUCACGCAUCUCCACUCCCAACACCCAUUUCCCCUUCAUCUGCACUAUGUCGGACGAACGCCUAACAAACUUCGUCGUGGGCAGCAACUACAAAGUUCUCGAUGUCAUCGGCGAAGGUGCCUAUGGCGUCGUCUGUUCGGCUCUCCAUGUGCCUUCACAACGGAAGGUCGCUAUAAAGCGUAUUACACCGUUUGACCACACCAUGUUCAGUCUGAGAACUCUGCGAGAGAUUAAACUACUUCGCCACUUCCACCAUGAGAAUAUCAUCUCGAUACUGGACAUCUUACGACCGCCAUCGCUGGACGACUUCAAGGAGGUGUACCUGGUACAAGAGCUGAUGGAGACAGACUUGCAUCGCGUUAUUCGCACUCAAGAUCUCAGCGAUGAUCAUUGCCAGUAUUUCAUCUACCAGACUCUUCGCGCCUUAAAAGCGCUGCAUUCGGCCGAUGUUUUGCACCGUGAUUUGAAGCCGUCCAAUUUACUCUUGAACGCGAACUGCGAUCUGAAGCUUUGUGACUUCGGACUUGCGCGCUCCGCACGGCCACCUCCCAACUUCGCGAAUGACAGCAGCACAUUCAUGACGGAGUACGUAGCGACGAGGUGGUACCGCGCUCCAGAGGUUAUGUUGACCUUCAAGGAGUACACACGCGCAAUUGACAUCUGGAGCGUGGGUUGCGUGCUCGCCGAGAUGUUGAGUGGAAAGCCGCUGUUCCCUGGACGAGAUUAUCAUCAUCAACUCUCUAUUAUACUCGAUGUUCUCGGGACACCGUCCAUAGAUGACUUCUAUGCUAUCACCUCUCAGCGAUCACGCGAAUACAUUCGUGCGCUGCCAUUCCGGAAGAAGAGGACAUUUAGUCAGUUAUUCCCGGGCGCGAAUCCAUUGGCUUUGGACCUCAUGGAGAAGUGCCUCACAUUCAGUCCAAAACGUAGGAUUGACGUUGACGAAGCGUUGAAGCACCCUUACUUGCAGUCUUACCACGAUCCAGCAGACGAGCCGACGGCUGAACCACUUGACCCGUCCUUCUUUGACUUUGACUAUGGGACCCCACUGGGUAAAGAGGAGUUGAAAGCUUUGAUAUAUGAAGAAAUCACCAUACCACGGAUGCAAUCCUAGUCUGGGCAUCGUUUCAUUGAUACCCUUUCCCCGGGCGGGCCCAGCUGCAUACCCCUUCUCAUCAUAUGACAUAGCAGACUCGUAGGAAUUGUGUGAGCUAAUGCUAUUCUACUGACCCGUUCGUAAUGUGAUAUCACGCUGCAACACGGCCCUGAUGAGGAGAAAGAGCGGUCGGGGCAAGUGUGGAGGUAGUCGAGCAAAGGCCUAGAAUUGAGCGCUAUUGAGCCGUCGGCCGAAACUGGUAUUGGCGCACGUGAAAUUAUAGUCCAAACCGGGAAGCGCCUGCUAGU